AAGGAAAAAGAAAUGUACGGAAGAAAUGGUCUACUGUCACACGACAGAAGCGUAGAAUGACAGUCGCGAAGCUCUUACACGUAGACACGUAUCGAACGCGGAACGGACGAGAAAAGCAGAGAGAGUGAGAGAGAGAGAGAGAGAGAUUGAGAGAUUGAGAGCGAGCAAGGACGCCUGCGCAGAUCACAGUUUGUAUGUGAAAUCUGAUAUUUGUUCCAUUUUCACUCUGCCAUGUCGCCGACGCCUUGCUAACCUGCGCGCCACCAGCUUUGAUUGCAGGGGCGAAUUUUUAGGGUUAUAGAUACGUACAGGAACGAAGAGAAAGGAUGGCAGCUCCACCGGCUAGGGCUCGAGCGGACUAUGAUUAUCUUAUAAAGCUGCUCCUCAUUGGCGACAGCGGUGUGGGAAAGAGUUGCUUGCUUCUGCGGUUCUCAGAUGGUUCCUUCACAACAAGUUUCAUUACCACAAUUGGUAUUGACUUUAAGAUAAGAACAAUUGAGCUUGAUGGAAAGCGGAUCAAGUUGCAAAUUUGGGAUACAGCUGGUCAGGAGCGGUUCAGGACUAUCACAACAGCAUACUAUCGAGGAGCUAUGGGUAUUCUGCUGGUGUAUGAUGUCACUGAUGAAUCUUCAUUCAACAACAUCAGGAACUGGAUUCGCAACAUAGAGCAACAUGCUUCUGAUAAUGUCAACAAGAUUUUGGUUGCGAACAAGGCUGACAUGGAUGAAAGCAAAAGGACUGUGCCAACAUCCAAGGGUCAAGCUCUCGCUGAUGAGUAUGGCAUCAAGUUCUUUGAAACAAGUGCAAAAACAAACAUGAACGUAGAGGAGGUUUUCUUUUCAAUUGCAAGAGACAUCAAGCAAAGACUCUCAGAAUCUGAUAACAAGGCCGAGCCACAGGCCAUCAGGAUUAAUCAAGCAGAUCAGGCAGCAUCCACUGAUCUGUCUUCGCAAAAGUCAGCUUGCUGUGGUUGAUUGGGAUGAAUUAACAUGGAGGCUAUUCUGCUAAUGGCAAGGCUGCAUAAGUUGAUCGGGAUGGAAAACUAAACAUCCAUGUUUUUAGUGCCCUAUCAUUUUUACCAUGGUAGGGUAUGAAAGUUGACACGUCUAAAGGUGUCUUUUACUCGUAUUUAUUGACUGUUUUCUGACCAUUUUGCUCAUCCCUGAGCACCACCACCCUUCCCUUAUUUGCUUCAUUUUUAUCCUUUAAUCACAUGUAAACCUUGUUUUCUUGGAUCCUUACAUGCUUUUACAAGAUGUAAAAAACGUAAAAACUUGUCAUUCAUUCCUAUAAUAUACUAGUCGAGUUAUGCAGAA